UGCGCCAUGGCCACGGACGCAUGCGCCUCCGCUCGCCUCCUCAUGGAUUACGAGACGCAGCUCUUCCCUUACACCGGGGGCUACGGACGCUACAACCGGGUGGUGGUCGUGUUCAGCUGGCUGCCCAACUUCGCGGUCAUGCUGAGCCUCUUCAGCGACGUCUUCUUCACCUUGCUCCCGGACUCGUACCACUGCAGGCCGGACCCGCAGCUGCUGCCCUCCACCUUCCUCCUCAGCAACUUCUCCAGGCAGCGCAUCUUCAACCUCACCAUCCCCUGGGUGAACGGCUCCGGCCUCAGCCACUGCGAGCUCUUCAAGUACCCGGCCAACACGUCGGAGCUGGCCGACACCGUGCCCAGGGAGAGGGUCUCCUGCACCCGGGGGUGGGAGUACAGUAGCUCCGCGGGGCUCCAGAGCAACUUUGUCACCGAGUGGAACCUGGUUUGCAGCGACUACUGGAAAAUCCCUUUGCAGCACAUCUGUUUCAUGACCGGGUGGAUUCUGGGAUACAUCUUCAUCGGUACAUUAUGUGACUGGUUGGGUCGUCGGCGAGGUUUCCUCCUCUCCAUCGUUCUGUCCAGUCUGCUGGGCGUCGCCGUAUGUUUGUCCAGCAGCGCGGUGGUGUUCCUGCUGCUGCGUCUGGCUCAAGGCGCCAUGCUCGCCGGGGUUCUCCUGUCCUCGUACAUCGCCAGGCUGGAGCUGUGUGAUCCUCCUCACCGGCUCAUGGUUGCCAUGGUCAGCGGCUUCUUUGCCGUGUUUGCAGAGCUGCUGUUGCCAUGUCUCGCUCUACUGUGCCGAGAUUGGCCCAUUUUGCAGGCUGUGAUCACGCUGCCUCUGCUCCUGCUGCUCUCCUAUUGGUGCUGUGAGUCCGUGUUUCCUGAGUCUCCUCGCUGGCUGCUGGCCACCGCUCAGAUCCCUCAGCUGAAGAGGAGCCUCCAGGAGUUCUCCACCCGAAAUGGUGUUUGUCUGCAAGAUGACAUCUACCCUGGUGAAACUCUCCUGUCAGAGAUCGAUUCAACAUAUGGAGACGAGUGUCGACCGAGCUACCACUCAGUUCUGGAGCUGCGCGGGUCUCGUGUGAUCUGGAAGAACUGCCUCAUCCUCAGCUUCACUCUGUUAAUUGGAACAGGCAUCCAGUACUGUUUCACCAGAAACCUGCACCGUUAUUCCACCAACUUCUACUUCAGCUACUUCCUCCGAGUCAUCACCGGAGCGCUGGCCUGCAUCUUCAUCUGUUUGUCCGUUAAUCGCUUUGGUCGCCGUGGUAUUCUCCUGCUCUCAGCUAUCAUCACUGGGCUGUCGUCACUGCUGCUGCUGGCCCUCACUCAGUACCUGCGUGGAGGCCUGGUGCUGGUGCUCUCUGUCGUGGGCCUGCUGUUCUCCCAGGCUCUCGCUAUGCUCAGUGUGUUCUUCGCCUGUGAGGUGAUGCCCACUGUCAUUCGAGGUGGAAGCCUCGGCCUGGUUCUGGCAGCGGGUUGUGUCGGCAUGGCCGCCUCCUCCCUGAUGGAGCUUCAGAACAACAGCGGCUACUUCCUCCACCAUGUCAUUUUUGCCUCCUUCGCCGUCCUCUCCGUCCUCUCCAUCAUGCUGCUUCCUGAAAGCAAACGCAAGCCGCUACCUGACUCCCUGAAGGAGGGCGAGAACCGGCGGCGCCCUCCGCUCUUUCUGGCCCGGCCCGACCGGGACAACCUGCCUCUGCUGUGCAGCCGGCCCCCUCUGUCGUCUUACAACCCAGACAACUACUCCCGCUUGUUUUCAGCCACCAGGAAGAUGUUGACUAAAGACAAUUUGCCGUAUCGGAUUUCUCAGCCAGUUCUCUCCCCUCUGCUGUCGAGCAGUGACACACAGGGACAAGACAAUGAGACACAGAGGGCGGAUGUACCUUAAGAACCUCCUCUGUGAAAACGUGGAUUAUCCCUCCUCCUUCAUACCUCUGAUGGUUUUACCUUCAUCCUUUAGUGAAUUAUUGUCUCAGGCACUGGACGCUCCUCACACAGCAGAAGAACUGGCCACAGCUUGGAUUCUUUGAACUUUAGAGCGAUAACUCCAAGUUUGUUCUCAGCAAAAUAUCAGUAUCUUCCUGUUGUGUUUUACACUUGAAGCCGUUACUGUGUGGUGAUUUUUUUUCUCCUGUGGAUUCAGCUUUUUCUGGAGGCUACAAAGGCCUCUGCUGAACUGUGAGUGUGCACAUUGUGUCUCUUUGUGUUGUCGACUAAUUUUUUAAAAGGUUAAAACUCCUCUGGAAAGUCCAGGUGAGGUCACGCUGCUUGAUCUGAGGUUGGCAAUUGUUUUAGUUUCCCCCAGAGAAACUCGCUCCACCGUGCGGCUGCUGUAAAUCAUCAAGGGAUCAUUUGAGCGUCGGCCCUUUGUCCAUUUCUUAACAACUCAUGCACUUUUCAUUAAGUCUGUUCAUCUGAUUCACCAGCAGUGUCUCCAUGCUGAGAGGACACACAAGAGUGGUUCAUGCUGUGGUAGUGGAAGUCCUGUGUUGACCCAGGAAACCCACAAGAGGAUGCUAGAUGAUACACUGGUCACUGGGAAUCACUAUCAUGUGAUAGACAAUAUCACAAUGUUAUUAUUAUCAAUAGGAACAAAACUUAAGUCCAAAAAUACAUUCAUAUAUUUAAUUUGUGAUGUGCAAGCACUGUGAGGAGGUAAAGCACAUAAUUCAUCUACCUCAGAUUCGUAAAGUCUGUUAUUCUCUGCUCACAAAGAUGAGUUUAAAACCACAACCUUCACUCAGGAGUCAAAAUCUGUAUUUAAAUGAAAAGAAAGAAAAAUGUGACAUUAUCAAUAAAGAUAUUGUAUAAUAUUUUUCCAUUUUGCCCAGCCCUAAUUUAUUCCUUAGCAUUUUAAUGGUGAAACCACUAAGAAGCUCUGAUAAUCAGAGUUUUUCUCUUUUAAGUAUUGAACACAAUGUAGAGAUCUGUGUGAAAAUGAACACCACAUACAAAACAGUAUUUUAAAGGUGCAAUUUUAUAAAAGUCGGCCUUAAACCCCUGAGUCUGUGUUCUUACACGUUUCUCCGUAUUUAAUGUUAGAAACGAUGAGAUUGACAGUCUGAAAAGUGAAUGUAAUUAUGUCUACGCUGUCGCUGAAAGGAUGUUGAACUCCUCAAGGUGUUUGUGCCUGUGCGUGCGCUACAAGAAAAAAAACAUAAAGCGUCAGCCUUCAGAAGAUGUUACUGUUAUAUAUAUUUUUUCAUUGUUUUACAAUAAUUCAACUUCAGUGUGCAAACAUUUGUAUGAAACUGAUUUUACAUUUUGUGUUUAUUUGUCUACAAUAGGAUUUUGAUGUUAAAAACUGUAGGAAUUAAGGAA